GCGACGGAGUUUUUCCACGACAUGCACGCGGUGCUGCGGGUGCACUCCUACGGCCCUUCGAAGACGUUUUGCCACAAGCGGCUCUUGCUCACGGAGCAAAAGUUUUCGCUGCACGUGAUGUUAAACGCGGACCGCGAGUUCCUCGCGCAGAAGGAAGCCCCGCACAGAGACUUUUACAACGUCCGCAAGGUGGACACGCACGUCCACCACAGCGCGUGCAUGAACCAGAAGCACUUGCUGCGGUUCAUAAAGAGCAAGCUCAAGCGGGAGCCGCACGAGCAGGUAAUUUACCGCGACGGAAAAUUCCUCAAUCUUCGCGAGGUGUUCGAGUCCAUAGGGAUAAGCGGGUACGACCUCAACGUGGACACGCUCGACAUGCACGCGGACAAGAACACGUUCCACAGGUUCGACCGGUUCAACCUGAAGUACAACCCGUGCGGGCAGUCGCGCCUGAGGGAAGUGUUCAUCAAACAAGACAACCUCAUCCGCGGGCGGUUCCUAGCGGAGAUCACGAAGGAAGUCGUGAACGACUUGGAGGCGAACAAAUACGCGAUGGCGGAGUACAGAAUCUCCAUCUACGGCCGACGAAUGGUCGAGUGGGACACCCUCGCGUCGUGGGUUCUGAACAACCGGAUAUACAGCAAGAACGUCGUGUGGCUCAUUCAGCUCCCUCGUCUGUACAACAUCUACCGCGGCCAAGGGACGAUUCAGAACUUUCAGCAGAUGCUCGACAACAUCUUUCGACCGCUGUUCGAGGUCACCGUGGACCCGAGCUCGCACCCGGCGCUGCAUCACUUCCUGCAGCUCGUCGUCGGGUUCGACAUGGUCGACGACGAGUCCAAACCCGAGCGCCGGCCGUCGAAGCACAUGCGCACGCCGGAGGAGUGGGACGUCCCGCACAACCCGGCGUUUUCGUACUACGCGUACUACGUCUACGCGAAUUUGUACACGCUCAACCGACUUCGCGAGCGGAAGGGAUUGAACACGAUCUCGUUCCGGCCGCACGCGGGCGAGGCUGGGGACAUCGACCACCUCGCCGCGGCGUUCCUUCUCACGAAGAAUAUCGCGCACGGGAUCAACUUACGGAAAUCGCCGGUGCUGCAGUACCUCUACUAUCUCACGCAGAUCGGGCUGAACCUCUCGCCGCUGUCGAAUAACUCGCUGUUUCUGGAUUACCACCGCAACCCGUUUCCGAUUUUCUUCGCGCGGGGGUUAAAGGUGGCGCUCUCCACGGACGACCCGCUGCAGAUACACAUGACGAAGGAGCCGCUCGUGGAGGAGUACUCCGUCGCCGCGCAGGUGUGGAAGAUGUCCGCCGCGGAUCUGUGCGAGAUCGCGCGGAACUCAGUCUUAAACUCCGAUUUCCCGCACGAGGACAAAAGGCACUGGGUCUCCGACACGUACUGGCUCUCCGGCGCCGCGGGGAACGACAUCAAGCGCACGAACGUCCCGAGCAUCCGCAUGCAGUUCCGGCACGACGUCUUAGAGGCAGAGAAGACGCUCAUCGAGGCGGGGGUGAGGCAAGCCACGAGCAAGGGGCGCGCGUUGCAAGUGAGUUAGUAGAGUGUGCUAGCUAGCGCGUCGAGGUCUGCAUAACACCGACGGUCAUCGCCCGUC